AUGGCGGACGGUCAUACAAUUGUGAGCUCUGAUGAGAAGUAUGAUUCGGGCAAGAAAUUAAUCAUUGAUCAAGAGAAAUAUACUGAUAAUGUAGUGAAAUAUUUAACAGUAGGUGAUAAAGGCAAAUUCAAAUGGAAUGGUCCCUUCCAAAGCCUAAAAAUGUUGAUGACCGAAUUGACAAAGAACGAAUCAAAAUGGUCGGCAUCUGGUGGUUAUUGUAAAUUGCUCGAACUAAACGAUUUAGCCAUAAGUUGUUAUGCAGACAGUAAGUCGCUUACAGUAAAUGGGAAGUUGAGCGACGAUAUUAAAUCCGAGCUUCAAAAUAUUGCCGGCCUAGCACGUCCUGCAGUUGAAGUAACAAGUAAUAACUAUAAAGAAGCCGAACAUGCGGCAAUAAAUACGGGACGCAUGGAUGCAUCUGAUAGUAGCUGUAGCUGUGCUUAUAUUAAUGCUGAUAUGGAGCCUGGAGGGUAUUAA